UAAGUUUAGACAGGUGAUCCCUGUGCGCGCCAGAUCUUGUAAACACAGCGACCUGCUCAACCUACUGUCAUCCUCACUUCUUCUUGUUAUUUAAGAAGAAAUAUCGUAAGGCGGACCUACUGUUCGGGUGACCAAUAAGUCAGUUGGAUGUAGAAGUGUGGGGUGUGGUUGGAGGUGACAAGAAGCUGCUGCGGAUGUUAGUAUUUGCUUAUAUCUCCCGCCACCAUGGGCAUCCAGGGUCUCCUGCCCUUCCUGAAGAAGGCCUCGAGGGAGGCCAACCUCAGGGAGUUCAAGGGUCAGACGGCUGCCGUCGACGCCUACUGCUGGCUCCACAAGGGUGCUUUUUCCUGUGCAGAGAAACUCGUGCGUGGAGAACCUACCGAUGGACAUGUGAUCUAUGUUUUGAAGCAGAUCAAUCAGUUGCUGAACAAUGAUAUCAAACCAAUCUUAGUGUUUGAUGGCUGUCAUCUACCUUCCAAGGCUGUCACUGAGACUAAACGCAGAGAAAACCGUGAGCGAAAUCGCAAGAAGGCAAAACAGUUGUUGAGAGAAGGAAAGAUUCGAGAAGCUAAAGAAUGCUUCCAGCGCUGUGUUGAAGUGACCUCGGAGAUGGCAUCAGAUGUCAUAAAGGCGUGCCGUGCAAGGAAUGUUGACAUAAUAGUUGCACCAUAUGAAGCAGACGCUCAGCUGGCAUUCCUCAACCUGUGUGGCAUUGCCCAGGUGGUGAUCACUGAGGACUCUGAUCUUGUGCUUUUUGGAUGCAAGGCAGCUUUGUGUAAACUACCAUCUUACUUGAAGAUGCCUCACCUGGAGGUGAGUCAGGAGUACCGUGAUAAUUUCAUCAAAGCUCGCAAUACAUUCCUGCACCAGCUGGUAUUCGACCCCAUCCAGCGCAUUCUUCGCCCUCUUAAUGACUACCCUGAGGGCAUGGAUGCUGUAGAUUAUCCUUAUGCAGGGAAAUUUGUUGGGCAUGAGAGAGCUUUACAAAUAGCACUGGGCAAUGUUAAUGUUCAGACUGGAGAAGUGGCUGAUAACUUCUCUCCAGAGACUUACAAGCCCCCAGAGCCAAAAUCAUCCAGCUGGAACAAACGGGGAGACCUCUGCUCCAAUCAUCCCAGCAUCUGGACCAAGAAUUUCACAAAGAUGGGGCCAGUUGUUCCCAGUAUAAUUAACUCCAAUGUACACACAAUGAAGGGCAAAGAAGUUACGGUAGUGAAUCCUAUGUUCAAGAGAAGAAAACUUGAACCGGAAGUGGUUGAUGAUGAUCUAACGGAAGGAGAGCUCCACGACUUGUAUUCUCAUCCAGAAAAACGUAAAAGGACAGAAGUCACUCCAGAUGAUGACAGUCUUCAUGAUGACAGUGGUAACUACACAGGCCUUGGCCAGCUGUCUGAUUCACUUGACAUGGAUGAAAAUGCAAAUACAAGUCCUCCUAUUACUUCUGUUGAAAAAAACAGAAAAUCUUCUGUGGAAAUGCAGUGUGUGUCAUCACCUGACCAAUCUUCUGUGGAAAUGCAGUAUGUGUCGUCACCUGACCAACUCAAAUCCAGAAACCCAUUUGCAAAAUCCAAAUCUGUUUCUAAAAUGCAAGUCUCUUCAGGUGGACAGUUUAGUGCUCUAAAGAAAUUCAGCAAAAUACAAAGGACUGUGGUGGAUCAAAACAUCAUAGUCCACAGCAGAUAUUUUGCAUCUUCUGAUAUUAAGACAACACCUUUAAGCCAUGCCAGUCCACCAGUUAUUAAUAAUACUCUAACAGAAGUAUCAGAACCAGAAAGUCAGAGAGACAAUGAAGAAGUGCCUGGCAAUAGGUUGGAAAUUAAAUUUGAAACCAGUCCAUCUAAAUUAAUAAAAACUCCUUUAUCUCCUGUCCAGACUAACACUCCACCAUCAAAACCUAGUAAGACUUUUAUUUGGGGAAAGUUGUCUGAUAUGUUUGCCCGCACCAAGGAGAAAACCAUAAAAAUUGAGAAUAGUGCAGCAACAAAGAACACUUUCAAGCCUGUAACCCAACCAGAAGAUAAAAUAGUAUGCAAGGAGAAUACUUUUGCUUCAUGUGGAAACUCUGAGAGUGAGGAAUUGUCAUUAUCACUAAAGAGUCAUGUGCCGGAAAUAUCAUUUUGCAGUGACGCAGAUUCACUGGAUAGUGCUUUUGACUCCACAACUUCAUCCUUGCCCUCAGCAUCUCAAAAGAGUCAAGUGUCUGAACAUAAAUUUUGCAGUGACAUUGAUUCUUUGGAUAAUUUUGAUUUAACAUCAUCCUUGCCUUUAGUGCCAGAAGAAACUGAGACAACUCCAACGCUGACCAGUCCUGUGAGGACUAAGUUGACUUCUUCAAGAAAUGAUCACAAAUGCAGAACUCCAGGACUAUUUCGGUCAAACAAGAAGAAGAAUAAGAACCAGCUUGGUGUUAAGCAGCUGAGUCUUAAAGAUAUGUUUGCUUUUAAAAAGGACGGAGCUAAACUUCAAGCAGUGAGAUCAUCAUUUUAAGUUUUUGUAUGCAGUUUAGGUUGUUGAAAGUGGUUAACUGCUGAUAAGCAUCUGGAUUCCAAAAUGACUAAUGUUAAAUAUUUAACCUUGUGAUUUUAGAUAUACUAGUAUUUAAAAUUUACAUGUGUAUACACUGUCAAGGUAAAUAAAAAUUUUUAGUUGUUUCUAUAAAACUCUAUUUUUUCAAUACAAUUACAAAAAAUUUGUGCAUUAAGUACAGCAAAUGUGGUCAUCUCGUCAAGAUUUUGCAGAUGUGCAACACGGCCAACUCUCCCUGGACACAAUUGUGUAGAUGACCAGCAGAAAUCACAUUGAAGCAAAUUAAAAAAUAAUUCCUGACACUGACUUGUGACAUUUAAUAAAAAAAAAGUAGGAAUUUACCCUUGGUUGUCCUGGAAGUGCUUGACUAUCAACCUUGGGUUCGUGAAGAAGAAAAAGUUAUAUUGCAUUUAUCACUUCUGCUAAAUAAUUAAAGAAUAAGGAGAGGAUGGGAUACUAUCUCAAGCCAGUGUGGCUGAAAGUUCCAGUGAUCCUGGCUUGUGUUGAACAUUUUAAAAGUUUAAAUAUUGUAAUGGCACAUAAAUCCUUAAAUAUGUUAUGUAGCAAAUGGUAAGGGGUGGGGCACUGCAGAGCAUUAAAACAUGCCCUGCAUUUAAGGCACAAAUAUUUGGGACCAAAUUGUUACAGGUAUACAUAAAAUAAUGCUUACAAUAAUUAUAUUGUAGACAAUUUACACAGGAGUUUGAUGUAUGCAUAUAAAACUAUGGUGUAUGACACUGAACAGCAUAGCCUAAUAAUCAUCAGGUAAUUAUAUGUAUACAUACAGAACUAUGGUUGACAACAAUUAUAGCAUAGCACCAUAUAUCAUAAAUGCUGAACAAACACUGAAUCACAUACAAACAUUUAUGAGGCUCAAGUGACGUACAAGUGGUUUUUUUUUUUUUUUAAAUUUAAGAUCUUGAAAUAAGUCAUACUAAUUGAAAGUGCAAUAAUUGAGCAAAUAAAAAUCUUGCUAAGCCUCUUACAAUUCUCUCCCUGUUCUUCAUAUUACAACUUUCAACAUUAAUGAGUAUAUUUAAAAAAAAAAAAACUGGUUUCAGUUUCUUGUUCUUGACUACCCCAUCCCUUACUAACGAACACAACAAUACAAAAUAACU